CCGCCGCCAUCGCUUCACAGUUCUCUCUCCGGUCACCUCACCUACUCUCUUUCUUGCCUCUCACUCCUCACGCAUACAGUCCCCUCUCACUCUCUCUCUAAACAAGAUAUCAAUAAACGAAUGUCACAUUGAAUUUGUCAAAAACAAUUUACGGAAAUUUUAAAAAACUAGAGUUAAUUUUCAAACACCAAAUUUUCUUUUUCCUAAUUCAUAUUCGACUGGAAAUUGGCCAUGGCUGCGCCGAACCAUAAAGGGCCUCCGUUGUUACCUUCCGAAUCCGGCAACCGGGUGGUGGGCCCACGGCUACCGAAAUUCGGAGAAGUCAUGACUUCGGCCUAUUCAAGCACCACCACGACUUCCACUACCUCUACUUCCUAUUCAUCCUCUUCCAAUCCCAUCCCAUCGCGACGGCAUCCGUCGCCGCUUGUUUCUCGAACAGUACCCACGACGCCCCAGCUGGCGGCGGCUAAGCGGCCUCAGACGCCGGACCGGAGGCGACCAAAUACGCCCUCGCCGGCGCCUUCUACGGCGGUUAAGCGCCCUGAUACGCCGGAGCGGAGGUGGCCGAAAACGCCCUCGCCGGCGCCUUCUGCGGUGGUGGUGAAGUGGCCUCCGUCGAAGGAGAGGAGGCGGCCGAGUACGCCGGGGUAUUCCGGGGAGAGGUCGCCCGCUGCGAAGCUGUUGGGCAGCUUGAGCAGGAGGAGUUUGUCCUUUUCGUUUCAAGGAGACUCGCUUUCGCUUCCCGUGAGCAAGACGAAGCCGGCGCCGGCGAGUCAGGGGGGUAGUGUCUGGAAAGCGACGCCGGAGAGGAGGAGAGCGCCGGAGAAUUCGAAGUCAAUUGAUCAGCGGCGGUGGGCUAGUUCGCGGGAAGUGAACUCCCUAACAAGGAGUAAUUCUGAGUUGAAACAAUCCGUCAUGGAAGACGCUGCAGGAUUUACUGCAGGCUUUGAUCCAAUAGCUUCAGAUACCGAAAGCGUUUAUUCCGAAAGAAGUGGAUACGAACAAGAACGUCGGAGUGUUGCUACGUAUUUGCAAGAGACUACUAGUAAACCAAAGAAUAAUGAGGCGAACGCAUUAGCUCCAUUGAAAAUCAACGCAAGGAACAAACUGUCCAUCGACAGUCCUCUUUCAACUCCGCACGCAGUUUCAAGCAGUAGCAAGGGUACUUUCUUCUCUCCGUUUCGUCCGGCGUCCCCGAGCAGGCGCUCAGUGACGUCUUCGGCCUCUUCGACGCCGAGGGGGACGCCCAGCCCGUCUCGAGUACGAAGUGGUGCGAUUAAUGAUUAUUUGAGCAACGGUUGGUCGAUUCUCAGCUUUGGCGAUGAAGCAGCGAGGAGAGGAGGGAGAGUUGGGGAGAACCGGAUUGGCGAUGCGCAUGUGUUGAGGCUGAUGUGCAACCGGCACUUGCAAUGGCGAUUCUUUAACGCGAGGGCAGAUGUUGAAAUAGCUUAUAAGAAAAUAACUAGAGAGAAAAGCCUAUACAAUGCCUGGGUGGCAACCUUAAAAUUGCAACGAUCUGUUGCAUCAAAACGAGCAGAGAUACAACUGCUGCAGCGAAGUUUGAAGCUAUACACCAUCCUCAAGGGACAAAUGGUAUACUUGAAUGAUUGGGGUCUCAUUGACGAGGAUAAUUCCAGUUCCUUGUCAGGGGCUGCUAAAGCUUUGGAAUCCAGCACUCUACGGCUUCCAGUUGUUGGUGGUGCAAGGGCGAACAUUCAAAAUGUGAAAGAUGCUAUCCGUUCUGCAGUCGAUGUGAUGCAGGCGAUGGCAUCAUCGAUAGUCUCUUUGUUGCCAAAGGUAGAUAAAGUGAACUCGCUUGUGUCUGACCUUGCACGCGUAACCUCCCUGGAACGUGCUUUUCUUGAACAAUGCGAAGAUCUCUUGUCCAUGCUAACAGCUGUGCAGGUGUGGCAUUGUAGCAUGAGAACGCAUAUCAUACAACUAAGCAGCGAAGGCUCAAGCCUGAGAACAGAAGUACAACAAGCUGAUUUUAUUGACAGGUGAGGAAAGGCAAACCCUUUUGAUCUUGGCACCAUGAAACUCCCAGAGAUGAGGAAGUGGAGUGGCGAGUGGUUGUUCGGAGUGCUCUUUUGACGAGUCGGGUGUAUGGUGUAUUUGUAUGAACUAAGUUCAGAUGGUAGGGGAUUUGGCUUUGUGAAUGUUAAAAGAGUAGUGUAAAGGAGGUACUGUCAAUAGGUCACAGAAAAUGUGUAAAUAGAUAUGUAAACUUAAUCCUUGUCAUUUCCUAAAUAGAAUGAGAAGAGAAGAUAAACA